AUGGCCGAACCCACUAAGAUAAAGAUUUUGGGGCAGGAGAGUAUAAUCGCUGAUUUCGGCCUUUGGCGUAACUAUGUCGCUAAGGACCUGAUCAGCGGCUGUCCCUCCACAACCUACGUUCUCAUCACCGAUACGAACAUCGGAUCGAUAUAUACCCCCGGAUUCCAAAAGAGCUUCGAGGAUGCCGCCGCCGCCGUUUCCCCCGCCCCACGGUUGUUAGUAUACCAUUGUCCACCAGGGGAGGUCUCCAAAUCCCGACAGACUAAAGCAGAUAUCGAAGAUUGGAUGUUGAGCCAAAGUCCCCCAUGUGGCCGUGACACUGUGGUUAUUGCGCUGGGCGGAGGUGUCAUUGGAGAUCUCACUGGAUUUGUGGCCUCGACGUAUAUGCGUGGUGUUCGAUAUGUCCAGGUUCCGACGACCCUCCUCGCCAUGGUGGAUUCUUCAAUUGGUGGAAAGACUGCGAUUGAUACUCCGCUGGGAAAGAACUUGAUCGGCGCAAUCUGGCAGCCGACAAGGAUCUACAUUGACCUGGAAUUCUUGGAAACGCUUCCCGUUAGGGAGUUCAUUAACGGCAUGGCUGAGGUUAUCAAAACGGCUGCCAUCUCUAGUGAAGAAGAAUUCACUGCAUUGGAGGACAAUGCUGAGGUGAUCUUGACUGCUGUCCGGAGUGAGCGUAAGCGGGGCCAGCGUUGGUUUGAGGGUAUUGAGGAUAUUCUGAAGGCACGGAUCCUCGCAUCCGCUCGUCACAAGGCCUAUGUUGUCUCUGCAGAUGAACGAGAGGGCGGCCUCCGAAACCUUCUCAAUUGGGGUCACUCCAUUGGCCAUGCUAUCGAAGCAAUUCUCACUCCUCAGGUUCUUCACGGAGAGUGUGUUGCUAUUGGUAUGGUAAAAGAAGCAGAGCUUGCCCGGCACCUUGGCAUUCUCAAGGGUGUUGCUGUAGCUCGGAUUGUCAAGUGCAUCGCCGCCUACGGAUUGCCCACGUCUUUGAAAGAUUCGCGCAUUAGAAAACUCACUGCCGGAAAGCAUUGCUCGGUUGACCAGCUGCUUUUCAACAUGGCUCUCGAUAAGAAGAAUGAUGGUCCGAAGAAGAAGAUCGUUCUUUUGUCGGCUAUUGGACGCACAUACGAGCCAAAGGCUAGUGUAGUUCCCAAUGAGGAUAUCGGCGUUGUUCUUGCCCCGAGCAUCGAAGUACACCCUGGCGUAGAGCCAGCAUCUAAUGUUAUCUGCAUUCCUCCAGGCUCAAAGAGUAUUUCCAACCGAGCUUUGGUUCUUGCUGCUCUUGGUUCUGGAACUUGCCGCGUCAAGAAUCUACUGCAUUCCGACGACACUGAAGUCAUGCUGAACGCUCUGGAAAGACUCGGUGCCGCAACUUUCUCCUGGGAGGAGGAGGGUGAAGUGCUUGUAGUAAAUGGCAAAGGCGGAAACCUUCAAGCAAGCCCCUCUGAGCUCUACCUCGGUAACGCAGGUACUGCCUCUAGAUUCCUCACCACUGUCGCAACCCUUGCCAAUGCAAGCACCGUAGAUUCAAGCGUCCUCACUGGCAACAACCGCAUGAAGCAAAGACCCAUUGGCGACCUUGUGGAUGCACUGACAGCAAAUGGUGCUUCGGUCGAGUAUAUGGAGCGGAAAGGCAGUCUCCCUCUCAAGGUAGCUGCGUCUGGCGGGUUUGCAGGAGGAAGAAUCAACCUUGCUGCUAAAGUGUCUUCUCAAUACGUAUCGUCUUUGCUCAUGUGUGCUCCGUACGCUAAGGAGCCAGUCACAUUGAAACUGGUGGGUGGUAAGCCCAUCUCUCAGCCUUACAUUGACAUGACAACGGCAAUGAUGAGAUCCUUCGGUAUCGAUGUGCAAAAGUCCACGACUGAGGAACACACAUACCAUAUCCCUCAGGGCCGUUACGUGAACCCUGCCGAAUACGUUAUUGAAAGCGAUGCUAGCUCUGCGACUUAUCCUCUGGCAAUUGCAGCGAUUACUGGAACGACAUGCACCGUUCCUAACAUCGGAUCCAAAUCCCUCCAAGGUGAUGCCCGUUUUGCCGUCGAGGUCUUGGGGCCCAUGGGCUGUACCGUCAAGCAGACUGACACCUCAACCACUGUCGUCGGACCGUCCGAUGGUAUUCUGCGGCCGCUGCCGAACGUGGAUAUGGAACCUAUGACCGACGCAUUCCUUACCGCAUCUGUUCUCGCUGCUGUUGCUCGUGGAGACGGCGCGAACCAUACCACUCGUAUUUAUGGAAUCGCAAACCAGCGUGUAAAGGAAUGCAAUCGUAUCAAGGCCAUGAAGGAUGAGCUCGCCAAAUUCGGCGUUGUCUGUCGGGAACACGAUGAUGGACUUGAGAUUGACGGUAUCGACCGCUCAACUCUUCGGCAGCCAGCUGGCGGUGUCUACUGCUAUGACGACCACCGCGUUGCUUUCAGCUUCAGCGAAUGUGUAGGCAAGACAUGGCCUGGCUGGUGGGACACUCUGAGGCUGAAGUUCUCAGCCAAGCUAGAGGGUAAAGAACUGAAAGAAGAGGAAUCAUCACCUCUGGCUGGUGCCGGAAGGGCCACUGCUUCAGUCUUCAUAAUUGGAAUGCGUGGUGCCGGGAAAACCACGACUGGUCGCUGGGUCGCAAAGACCUUGAAUCGUCCAUUCGUGGAUCUUGAUACCGAAUUGGAAAAUGUUGAAGGUCAGACGAUUCCGGAAAUUGUCAAGCAGCGCGGCUGGCAAGGGUUUAGAGAGGCCGAGCUUAACCUCUUGCAACGCACUUUAAAGGAACGCUCAACUGGUUAUGUUCUCGCAUGUGGUGGGGGCAUAGUUGAGAUUCCGGAGGCCAGAAAGUUGCUCGUUGACUAUCAUAAGAACAAAGGCAAUGUCAUGCUAAUUAUGCGCGAUAUCACGCAAGUGAUGGACUUCCUCAACAUUGACAAGACCCGCCCCGCUUACGUUGAGGAUAUGAUGGGCGUAUGGUUACGCAGGAAGCCAUGGUUCCAAGAAUGUAGCAACAUCCAGUAUUACAGCCAGCAUGCCACGGGUAAGCUCUCUAAGGCAUCAGAGGAUUUCACCCGUUUCUUCAAUGUUGUCACCGGUGAAUCGGACAGCCUGAGCAUCAUUAAGCGCAAGAAGCAUUCCUUCUUUGUGUCUUUGACCUUGCCCGACUUGCGAACUUCUGGCGAUAUUUUAGAAAAGGUCUGCGUGGGAUCCGACGCCGUGGAACUCCGCGUCGAUUUAUUGAAGGACCCAUCAUCGGAUAAUGACAUCCCGUCGGUCGACUAUGUGGCCGAGCAGAUGGCUUACCUGCGUAGCUGCGUUUCGCUUCCGUUGAUAUUCACGAUUCGCACUAAGAGUCAAGGCGGCCGUUUCCCUGAUGAAGCGCACGAUGCUGCAAUGGAGCUGUACCGCCUUGCGUUCAGAUCUGGAAGUGAAUUUGUGGACCUCGAAAUCGCUUUCCCCGACGAAAUGCUGCGCACCGUCACAGAGAUGAAGGGCUACUCAAAGAUCAUCGCAUCACACCACGACCCCAAGGGGGAACUGUCAUGGGCGAAUAUGUCGUGGAUAAAGUACUACAACAAAGCUCUUGAAUACGGCGACAUCAUCAAGCUUGUCGGUGUUUCAAAGAACCUAGAUGAUAAUACGGCGCUCAGGAAAUUUAAGAUCUGGGCAGAGGAAGCACACGAGACGCCAUUAAUUGCUAUUAACAUGGGCGAUAACGGACAACUCAGCCGUAUCCUAAAUGGCUUCAUGACCCCAGUUUCUCACCCUAGCCUGCCUUUCAAGGCUGCUCCUGGCCAACUCUCUGCGACCGAAAUCCGCAAAGGAUUGUCCCUGAUGGGAGAGAUAAAGCAAAAGAAGUUCGCAUUGUUUGGCACCCCCAUCUCAGCCUCUCGCUCCCCGGUUCUCCAUAAUACACUGUUCUCCCAGACCGGCCUUCCUCACGAGUAUGGCCGUUUAGAGACGGCGAACGUUGAAGACGUCAAGGACUUCAUUCGGUCUCCUGAUUUUGGAGGCGCUUCCGUGACAAUCCCUUUGAAGUUGGACAUCAUGCCCCUGCUAGACGAGAUCACACCAGAAGCCGAAAUCAUUGGCGCCGUGAACACCAUCAUUCCUGUCGCCAAUGGAGACAAGCCAGCGCGCUUAGUGGGAACCAACACUGACUGGCAAGGAAUGACCCUGUCCCUCCGUAACGCCGGUGUUGAGACUGCCAAUAAGGAUGUCAGUGCUCUCGUUAUCGGUGGCGGUGGUACUGCCCGCGCUGCUAUCUACGCCCUCCACAGCAUGGGAUUCUCUCCUAUCUAUGUUAUUGGACGAUCGGCCGCCAAGCUCCAGAGCAUGGUCUCGACCUUCCCCUCCAGCUACAAUAUCCAGGUCGUCGAGAGCCUGGAGACACUAAAGACGCUUCCCUCUGUGGCCAUCGGCACUAUCCCUGCCGACAAGCCAAUCGACCCCGUUAUGCGUGAGAUCCUCUGCCACAUGUUUGAGCGCGCCCAAGAGGCCGAUGCCGAUGUGGUCAAGACAGGAGAGAAGGCACACCGUGUUCUUCUUGAGAUGGCUUACAAACCAUCCGUGACGGCAUUGAUGCAGCUGGCUUCCGAUUCCGAUUGGCAGACUAUUCCCGGACUUGAGACUCUGGUUGGUCAGGGAUGGUACCAGUUCAAACAUUGGACUGGGAUUUCUCCCCUCUAUGAGGAUGCAAGGGCCGCCGUGCUUGGUUCUUAG